GACUCAUGUGGUGUGCAUGUGAACAUUUUCUAGUGUGGAAAUAAUUUGGCAAAGUUAUGCGUGCAAAUGAGCGCGCUUUGAAUAGCCAUUCUCGCUUCAUUUUUCGUUCAAGGCAGUCGAUUGUUUUAGAGCUGCAAAAAAAUAAAAUCAAAUUUAAAAAAAAAAAAAAAUAGCGAAAUGGGAAAGAGAAAGACCAAUGCGUGCGCCAAUGGCGGUGCUAAUGCCCAGCAGAAAAGACAGAGAACAGCUGAAAAGAGUCGGAAGGGCACUAGAGCCAGCUCAAUUAGCAAGAAAACUAACAAUUCAGCGCAAACUCCGGCCAGCAGUUGCUCAGCCACAGGCAUCAACGGACGGGCGAGGCGCCGUCGUCAGGCAAGCAGCACAGAGAGGGCACGGGCACUGCAGUCUCGGCCGCUAACAGUAGACAGCGGAGUAGGCCUACCUGAAGCGAUCCCGGCAUUACCGGCAGCAGGCAUCCCACCAGCAAUUUCGAGCACCCCACCACCACCAGCAACAGCCCUGAAUACCCAACCAUCACAGCCGGGAUCACAGUUGCAGUUACAGUCAACAGAUGUACCGAUUUCGCAAGCUGGCGCCGUUGGCGGAAGAAAGGGCCUCACCAAUACCGCCUGGAAUAUUACAGACCUAGCAAAAGAAACACAGUGGCUGCUGGGACAAUCUCUAGGGGAAGGAUCUCAGCGCGUGUAUCAGAGGGCAGUGGAUUCUUUUCAGGAAUUUCGGUUGAAUCACCAGUUGAAUCCUUCUUGGCCGGCAUCAGUGAAACAGGUCAUGGCAUUUAUUGCCCAACUUUCUAUCAGUGGGAAAGCACCCACGACAAUCACAGUGCAUGUUGCAGCCCUAGCAUAUUUACAUAACAUGCAUGGUUGGGCUGAUCCCACAAAACAUUUUUUGAUUAUGAAAAUGCAAGAAGGUAGUAGAAGAGACAAAUGUUGUGUAGAUACUAGAAGACCCAUCACAUGGGAGCUAAUGCGACAACUGUUGCCAAACCUAGCAUAUGUAUGUUUUUCACGAUACGAAGCAAUCAUGUUCAAGGCAGCGUACUUACUAGCAUUCUUUGGUUUCCUGAGAAUAGGGGAGUUCACCGUCCGAGGGAAGGGUGAUGAUACAAGGAAGGCGUUGAAUAUCACAGAUGUACAAAUCCGAUUUUCUAAGACAGACCAAUAUGGGAAAUCUACCACCUUGUGGAUUAAUGCAAACCGGGUAGAGGGGGUAUGCCCAGUACAGGCCAUGAAAUCAUAUUUACAAGCAAGGCCACAGGUAGAGGGUCUACUAUUCUGUCAUGAGAAUGGCUCCCCCCUUACAAGGUACCAGUUCAGUGCAGUCCUGAAAAAGAACAUUCAGCAAAUUGGGGCGAAUGUUAGUCGGUAUGGGACUCACUCUUUCCGAAUUGGGGCAGCUACUACAGCUGCCUUGAAUGGUGUGCCACCAGAACAAAUUAGGAAGAUGGGACGAGUACGCAACCGAGUCUGGAUAGUGGGGGACAGUAUCGUAAGAAGGGCCAAAGAGCGAGCCACUGCACAGAACCGCCUGCACUUGGGAGCAGAGAAGGGUGCAGUACAGUGGCAUGGUCAAGGAGGUGCUACUCUCCAUGACCUCCCCCGAAUGGUCAGAAAUAGGUUGAAUUACAACGCACCACCUGCACUGGCGAUCGUUCACCUGGGAACAAACGACUUGGGUCAGAGAGAUGCAUGCCGUUGCAGAAUCGCAAUCGAUACAGCAAUUCAAACUCUACGAGCAAGAAUGCCAGGAACCCACAUAGCCUGGUCUGGAAUUCUUCCAAGAUUGUUUUACUACGGUAGCAGACCAGGCCCAACAUCACAAGAAGCAAUGGAUGGUGUGCGGAAGUCACUUAACAAAUUCGCAAAGAGGAGAAUCUCCCAGAUGGUGAACACAUCAAUGAUAGUGCACAAUAUAGAUACCAAAGAGCACAGUCUGUUCCAUAGGGAUGGAAUUCAUCUCUCAGAUGUGGGCUCUGACAUGCUCAUCGAUAAAUUCGAAUCUGCAGCCAAGGACACUGGCCUUCUCUGA